CUGACUGGAAAGUUUACCUCUCCGGUACCACAGGCAAAGGAAAGUUUUUACAAGGCCUCAGGCACUCCCCGCGCUGCGUCCCGCCACCCCCACCCCGAGGGUGAGCAAGUGCUCACACCCAGGCGCCGCAGGGGAGGAGUCGACCCGCGUCCCUCCCCCCUUUCCCGGGACCUGUCGCCUUCAUUCCCUCCCCUCUCCCGGGACCUGUCGCCUUCAUUCCCUCCCUUCUCCCGGGACCUGUCGCCUUCAUUCCCUCCCCUCUCCCGGGACCUGUCGUCUUCAUUCCCUAGGGGACCAAGGCCGGAGCUGAGCCCCGGGGUGCAGCCGCGCGCCCGCCGCCGCCGCCGUCCUCAUGGUUUCGGUGACCAGAGCCGUGUUUGGAGAGCUGCCGUCGGGGGAAGGGAUAGUGGAGAAGUUCCAGCUCCGGUCGGACCAGCUGAGUGUGGACGUCCUCUCCUGGGGCUGCGCGAUCUCUGCCCUGCGCGCCAGGGACAGGCAGGGGGAAGCCUCCGACGUGGUGCUCGGCUUCGCCGACUUGGAAGGCUAUCUUCAGAAGCAACCCUACUUUGGAGCAGUGGUUGGGAGGGUAGCCAACCGAAUUGCCAAAGGAAGAUUCACAGUGGAUGGGAAGGAGUACCACCUGCCCAUCAACAGAGAGCCCAACAGUCUCCAUGGAGGUUUCAGAGGGUUUGAUAAGGUCCUCUGGACCCCUCAGGUGUUGUCCAAUGGCAUCCAGUUUUCUCGAGUCAGUCCAGACGGUGAGGAAGGCUACCCCGGAGAGCUGAAAGUCUGGGUGACGUAUACCCUGGAUGGUGGAGAGCUUGUAAUCAACUACAGAGCACAGGCUAGCCAGACCACACCAGUUAAUCUGACCAACCAUUCUUACUUCAACCUAGCAGGCCAGGGCUCCCCAGAUAUAUAUGACCAUGAAGUCACCAUAGCAGCCGAGGCCUAUUUGCCUGUGGAUGAGACUCUGAUUCCUACAGGAGUCAUUGCUCCAGUGGAAGGAACCGCAUUUGACCUGAGAAAGCCAGUGGAGCUUGGAAAACACCUGCAGGAUCAUCACCUCCAUGGUUUCGACCACAAUUUCUGUCUGACGGGAUCGAAAGAAAAGCAUUUCUGUGCACGGGUGCGCCAUGCUGGAAGUGGGCGGGUCCUGGAAGUAUACACCACCCAACCUGGCGUCCAGUUUUACACGGGCAACUUCCUGGAUGGCACUCUGAGGGGCAAGGGUGGAGCAGUCUACCCCAAGCACUCUGGCUUCUGCCUCGAGACUCAGAACUGGCCUGAUGCAGUCAAUCAGCCCCGGUUCCCUCCGGUGCUGCUGCAGCCUGAGGAGGAGUACAACCACACCACUUGGCUCAAGUUCUCUGUUGCUUAAAGAAGACUGAAGAUGUGGCCUGGCCCCCACUAGCCUGCCUGGAGAAGACCUAGAAGCACUAAAACUGCAGCUGUUAUAAUCAGCUUGAAUGCUGAUCUCCUUUUCCAGCAGCUGGCUUCUGGCCAUGUCUGAUAACCAGCUCUGUUCUCUAUCCAGGUCAGAGGACAAAUUAACUCUACCCCAGUGCCAUCCUCUAAGGCCUGACCCUAGUCAGGAGUGGUCCUCAGGACUCUAACCCUGUAUAGAUAGGUGCCAUCUCGUCUAUUUUCUUCAAGACUUCCUUUCUUUGAUGGAACUCUUCUUCUGUCUCCUCUUUUACCUCAGACUCCCUCCAGAAAUUAGUAUAACAGUUUUAACCUAAACCUGAGUUCAAGCUAUGAGAAUUCAAGUCUCCUCUGUACCUCUCUCUACCUCAGUCUGCCUAGACAUUCCUAGGGUCACUGAAGGACAGGCUGGGGUUUGGAGCCUGCUCCGUCAGAGCCUUUGUUCUUGGAUGUACUUUAGGGGCAUCAAAGGUGUUUCAGCAGUGAACACACACUGCUCUUGCAGAGGACCAGUAUGGUUCCCAGCACCCAUAACAGGCUCACAGCUGCCUGUAAUGCUAGCUCUAGGGGAUUGAGUGCCCUCUCUUGGCCUACAUGAGUACCCACACUCAUGUGCACAUACAUCACCUAUACACAAUUUUUAAAAAAUCUUAAAAAUUAAAUUCACUUUAGAAACACUAGAAUAAGUUGAACUAUCUUAAGUACCCACACUCAUGUGCACAUAUAUCACAUAUGCACAAUUUUAAAGUCUUAAAAAUAAAAAAAAAUCACUUUAGAAGCACUAGAGUAAAUUGAACUAACUUUAUGGUAUGACUUAAACCAUAAUCUCUAAAUAUCCAGAAGACUUCAGAUGUCCCUGCCUCUGAGGUCAGCUAGAAGCCAGCUGAGGUGUAAAAGGCUGCGCAGACACAGAAGGCAGGAGACGAAUGUGAGCACCUCACACCGCAGUGCCUAGAGGACGACGCUGCACGAGAAGCAGACGCUGCUAGGGAAGAGAUGCAUGGAGGCCAUGGGCUUAGUGUAGGCUGCUGAUUUCGAAAAAGAAACAGUUUGUUAUCAUCUGCUACAGUCAGUUGAAAUAAAACCAAAAUUUCACUUU